AUGUUAACCUUAUCAAAAAUUUUGGUAUCGUCAAAAGAAUUCUCAGAUACAUUAUUCUAUAGAUAUUUUAUCUGUAGUAAAAUGCUUAGUUUAUUCAAAACACACCAAAUUCAAACUCAAUUAAUUAGGAACUAUGGAAAACAUAAUAAAAAAUAUUUAUACAGAGACGAAGAUAAAAUGAAAUUUGGGAAAAUUAUUUAUUAUCCAAGGACACCGGACCACAAAGAUCCUCCUAUAACCCCAUCAAAACUAUUUCGUGUCCAACGUGUAAAACCAGUUAAAGGUAAUCCUUAUUGGGAAAAACGUAUUCUUAAAGAUUUGGGGCUAGAUGGAAAACAAAGUGAUUUUACCGUUGUUAAAAAUAUACCAGAAAAUAAUGCUAGACUCUGGAAAAUAAAGCAUUUACUGAAAAUAACACCAAUAACUUUCCCAUAUGGAGAACCAACAGAAAAUGAUAUAAAUAACACAAUUUUAAAAGAAAAUGGUGAAUGCUUAGUAGCAAAGGAAUUAAAAAUUUCAGAUCAACGAAUAGAGGCUACAGAAAUAUUCGAAAAAGAUGCUAAUCGGUUAGAUGGUGAGACACUGAGAAAAGAUAGUCGAUUAAAAUGGUUAAAUGCAUGGUAAAAUAUUAUUUAUCCACAGAUAUAAAAAAAUGCUAAAUUUUUCAUUUUUAUUUAAGAAAAAAUAUAAGUCAAAGUAAAAAACCUUA